GUCAGUCAGUCAUGGCUCUCUUUGAACACUCGCUGCUGGUUUUGUCUGUGGUACAGCUGGUGGUGGGCUCACCCUACCACCCACCAACAUGCUACACCAAGGUCCUCAACAUGGCCAGAGCGCUCACCCAGCAGGCAGCAGAACUAAAGAGGGAUCCUGAAACUGGUCUGUGCAUGGCAAACAUUCCAGAUCUCCACUUAGAUGUACAUAAUGCCUGCGUCAUGGACAAGAUGAGGACCUACAUCUCGCUGGUGGAAGGCCUGCGAGAGCGACGCUGCUCUUAUACCAGGGAGGUGAGGAAGCUGGGAGGCAACGUCAGACAGCUCUACCACAUCAUGUCACAGAGAUGCCAUGGGGACCUGGUGUUCACGGUACAUGACUGUUCUGCACUGGAACGCUAACAUGCUGGAUCUUGAAAUGAGAAAUGAGAGAGAGAGAGAGAGAGAGAGAGAGAGAGAGAGAGAGAGAGAGAGAGAUAGAUUUGCAUGUACAUAGCCUACUGCAACCCUUUGAAACAAUGAUGGUGCACAAAAUUAGGGGAUAGUUUUGUCUGAUGUUAUUGGUAAAACUAUAUGGUUGUGUUACACUAACUUUAAUGUUUAAAUCUGAUUAUCCAUUAUCCAUUUUCUGGCUUUCAUGCAGCUUAUUACCAAUUAGUAUUGCAACAUUCCUUUGAAAUAUGACAC